UAUUUUACAACUUACAAGCCAGAUUUUUUUCGAAAACUUUGUGAAAUUCGAUGCUUUUAAUUACACAAUGCUUGGGACAAUUCAAAUAACGGGAGAGGACUUGAACGACGUUGAAAUCAAUGAUAUUUGUAAUUCUUUGAGCAACGGUUCUGUUCGCCUGUUAUCUCUGAGAGGAUGUCAUAUGGACGAUGCUAGUUUCAAACGUAUUUCAGAAUCGUUAAAGACAAAUGCUUCUUUAGCACAAUUGAACUUCAGUUUGGGAGUUUUGAGCAACAAGCAGAGAGUUAAGUGGUUGUCUGACGCUCUAAAACACAACACAAAUUUGUCAUCCUUACUCCUUCAUGGCAAUAGCCUGAGUGAUGAUGGCAUCAAAUACUUGGUCAAAGCAUUGCAAGUUCACCCUAAGAUAUCUUCUCUGGAUGUUGGUGAUUGCAACCUAACAGAUGAUGGCCUACAACAAGUAUGCAUGUUGCUGCCUCCAGAGGAAGGGAAAACAUGCUUACACACUUUAACAUUAACCGGUAACAAGAACAUUACCCAAAUGGGCUGGUCUUACCUGGCGAUUGCAAUUGCAGCAAGUUCACAAUUACGGAACCUUUACCUCGACUAUAACAAAAUUGGGAAUUAUGGGACAGGGGUGUUGGCUGUUGCCAUGGCAGCAAGCGAAACUUUAGAGAAGGUGGACUUGGAAGGGUGUGGGAUCUCCGAGUCUGGGGCAGAACUAUUGUUCGAUGUUGUUGCAAAUUAUCCUACAUCGUUGAAAGAAAUCAAUUUGGCUGAUAACAAUGUUAGCGAGGAGCUGCAGGAGCAAAUAAGGUUGUGUUUGACUGAUGAAGAAAUUAAGGAUGAAAAUGAUGAGAAUCACACGUCAACAUAACCUUUUUUGGAAGUCUUGAUUCUUUGGCAUUUCAUUACCU